AUGCCCGUGCCCUUUAAUCUAGGCGUCCAAGUCAUCAACGGCAAAAAGACCUUUAUACCACUAGAGAACAAUCCAGAGGUCCACGCGCAUCUAUGUAAGAACCUUGGAGUAUCCCCGAGCCUCACCUUCCAUGACGUCCUCUCCACCACCCCAGAAAUGCUUUCCUGGAUCCCACGGCCCGUGAACGCCCUCAUCCUCCUCUGCGACAGACCCAUCUACCUCGCCGUACGGUCUCACGUCGAACACAGCAUACCCGAGUAUCUCGGCAGCGGAGUCGACGAGCCCGUGCUGUGGAUGAAGCAGACGAUCGGACACGCGUGUGGACUGAUGGCUUUGCUACACGUGGUUGUCAAUUUGGAGAACGGGAAAUAUGUUCUGGCCGGAUCAGAGCUGGAGAAGAUGGUGAAGCGGGCAGUCAGCCUGGGGCCGGCGGAGAGGGCGCGGCUCUUGUACGAUUCGCGGUUUCUGGAAGAGGCGCAUAUGGAUGCGGCGUCGGAAGGGUGCUCGAUUGUGCCUUUGCCGCAGGAGGAAUGUGGCUUUCAUUUCAUUGCUUUUGUUAAGAAAGAUGGAAAGGUUUGGGAAUUGAAUGGAGGCAUGAAUGGCCCCCUAUUGCGAGGUGAAUUGGAGGGGGACUUGUUGGACGAGGAAGGGCUGGAUCUGACGUUUAUCAUUUAUACUACCCUCGAAAAUACUCGAAAACUAACUGCAAUGACCACAAUCCUCGUCACCGGCGCCACAGGCAAACAGGGAGGCUCUGUCAUCAACAACCUCCUAGAGAAAAGUGCCCCUUUCAAGAUCCUCGCCGUGACCCGUGAUGUCAAUUCUGCUUCAUCGAAGAAAAUCGCCCAAAAAUCUUCUAAUAUCACAUUGAUCCAAGGCAACCUCGAUGACCCGGCUGCCAUCUUUGAGGAUGUAGCGCUUCAAACCUCGGAGCCAGUCUGGGGCGUGUUCAGCGUCCAAGCCGUCAAUCCCGGAAACACCGACGAAAGACGCCAAGGAAUGGCUCUCAUAGACGAAUCCAUCAAACAAGGCGUCAAGUACUUCGUGUACAGCUCUGUCGACCGCGGUGGCGAGAAAUCAGACGAAAACCCAACCCCAGUCCCGCAUUUCAUUUUCAAACAUGAGAUCGAGAAACAUCUCAAGGAGAAAGCAAACGGGACCGACAUGGAAUGGACGAUUCUCCGUCCGGUUGCUUUCUUCGAUAACCUCACCCCAGAUUACUUCGGGAAGGUGUUUGCAACCGCAUGGCGGAUGUAUCUGAAGGACAAGCCGCUGCAGGUGAUCGCGACGAGCGACAUUGGGUUCUUUGCUGCGGCAGCAUUCAUGAACCCUGAAGCUUGGAAGAAUCAUGCCGAGUCGCUUGCUGGCGAUGAAUUGACGUUUGAUCAGAUGUCGGAGAUUUUCAAGACCUUGACUGGCAAUAACGUACCGACCACUUUUGAGAUGCCGGUUUGGUUGAUGCUGUCUAUUGUCAGGGAGAUGGGUGCCAUGUUCAAAUGGUUCCAUGAUGAGGGCUUUGGUGCGGAUAUUCCGGCCUUGAAAAAGCUGCAUCCUGGUUUGAAAAAUUUUGGGGAUUGGUUGAAGGAGGAUAGCAAAUUCGAGACACAUUAG